CAGGGAGAAAGCUGUUUACCACAAUGUCGACAGCCUGACAAAUAUUAACCCAAAAGCCAAAAUAUGGCUAUAUCUAGAAAUCUGUCAUUGUAACUCCAGCGAGUCAUUUGUAAAUGUGAAUUAUGCAACUAAAGUACCUGAAGACGCUUCUAACUCCUCAGGAUGGAGCUGCUAAAGUCACCUGUAUGGCUUGGGCUCCAAACAAUGCAAAGUUUGCAGUUUGCACUAUUGAUAGAGUGGUUAUUCUAUAUGAUGAGCAAGGAGAGAAAAGAGACAGAUUCACCACAAAGCCUGCAGACCCCAAAUAUGGAAAGAAAACAUAUGUGGUUAAGUCCAUGGCAUUUUCCCCCGAUUCAACCAAAAUAGCAGUUGCCCAAACAGACAACAUCAUAUUUGUUUACAAAAUUGGAGAAGAAUGGGGAGAUAAAAAGGUUAUUUGCAACAAAUUUAUACAAACAAGUGCUGUAACAUGUUUGGUUUGGCCGACAGAGCAUGCAAUACUAUUUGGACUAGCAGAGGGAAAAGUUCGUCAAGCCAAUACAAAAACAAGCAAGUCCUCUACGAUCUAUGGAACAGACUCCUACGUUGUCUCGCUGACCUCAAAUGUCUCAGGGAAGGGAAUCCUCUCUGGUCAUGCAGAUGGAACGGUUGUUCGGUACUUCUUCGAUGAUGAAGGAUCUGGAGAAUCUCAGGGCAAACUAUUGACUCAUGCAUGCCCGCCGUAUGCCCUGGCAUGGGGUAUCAACAGCAUAAUUGUGGCUGGAUGUGAUAAGAAGAUCGUAGCCUAUGGAAGGGAGGGCCACAUCCUUCAGACAUUUGACUACAGCCGAGAUCAUUCUGAAAAGGAAUUCACCAUAGCGACAGCUAGCCCCAGUGGCCAGUCCAUAGUCGUAGGAAGCUAUGACAGGUUGAGAGUUUUCAACUGGAGUCCUCGAAAAGGCAACUGGGAUGAAGCUUCUCCCAAAGAGAUUCCAAACUUGUACACUAUCACAGCUCUAGCCUGGAAGAAAGAUGGCUCUCGGCUCUCUGUGGGCACAUUGUGUGGAGGAGUCGAGCUGUUUGACUGCUGCCUGCGCAGGAGUAUUUACAAGAACAAAUUUGAGAUCACCUAUGUAGGGCUGAGUCAGGUGAUAGUGAAGAAUUUGUCCACUGGCACACGAGUGGUGUUGAAGUCUCAGUAUGGUUAUGAGAUAGAUGAGGUUAAGGUCAUGGGGAAGGAUCGACAUCUAGUGGCUCACACUUCUGACACCCUUCUGCUGGGAGACCUGGUGUCCAACAAACUGAGUGAGGUGGCGUGGCAGGGCUCCGGGGGAAAUGAAAAAUAUUUCUUUGAAAAUGAAAUGGUAUGCAUGAUAUUCAAUGCUGGAGAGCUGGCACUGGUGGAAUACGGAAGCAAUGAAAUCUUGGGAUCUGUUCGGACAGAGUUUAUGAACCCUCACCUCAUUAGUGUGCGUCUGAAUGAGAGAAGGCAGAGGGGAGUGGAGGACAACAAAAAGUUGGCCUACCUGAUAGACAUCAAAACUAUUGCUAUCGUGGACCUAGUCGGCGGGUACAAUCUGGGCACCAUAAGCCAUGACUCCAAGAUUGACUGGCUGGAGCUGAAUGAAACGGGACGUAAACUUCUCUUUAGGGACAAGAAACUCAGGCUCCACCUGUAUGACAUCGACAACACCAGGAAGAGCACCAUGCUGAGUUUCUGUCCCUACGUCCAGUGGGUACCUGGCAGUGAUGUAGUUGUGGCUCAGAACAGAGGAAACCUGUGUGUUUGGUACACCAUCGACAGCCCGGAAAGGGUCACAAUGUUUCCACUCAAGGGGGAUAUUGUAGACCUGGAGAGAUCCAAUGGUAAAACUGAAGUCAUUGUGACUGAAGGGGUUCAUUCUGUCUCCUACACUCUGGAUGAGGGGCUAAUCGAGUUUGGAACAGCCAUUGAUGAUGGAGACUAUUACAGGGCCACAGCAUUCCUGGAAACCCUGGAGAUGUCUGCAGAUACAGAGGCCAUGUGGAAGACUCUGAGUAAACUCUCCCUUGAGGCGCGACAGCUCCACAUCGCUGAGAGGUGUUUUGCAGCACUUGGGGAUGUUUCCAAAGCCAGAUUCCUGAAUGAGACCAACAAGAUCGCAGAUGCCGUCUCAAAGGAAAAUGGUAGUAAUGGUACAGAUCACUACCAAGUGAAGGCAAGGCUGGCAAUGCUGGAUAAGAAUUUUAAGCUUGCUGAGAUGUAUUACAUGGAACAGAAUGCGGUGGAUGAAGUGAUGGAAAUGUACCAGGAGCUCCACAUGUGGGAUGAAUGUAUUGCCAUUGCAGAGGCGAAGGGCCAUCCAGAGUUGGACAAUUUGAGACGCAGUUAUUAUUCCUACCUAAUGGAGACCAAUCAGAAUGAGAAAUUCGGGGAAGUGAAGGAAAGUGAAGGUGACUUUACAGGUGCUGUUAUCCUCUACCUGAAAGCAGGACUCCCUGCUAAAGCUGCCUGGCUGGCCAUGAGCAGAGAUGAGCUCUUAUUAAAUCAUGACAUCAUCAACCGCAUCACUUCUGCGCUCAUUAAAGGAGAGUUCUAUGAGAGGGCAGGUGACCUGUUUGAGAGGAUAAGAAAUAAUCAAAGAGCCCUGGAUUGCUACCGUAAGGGAAAUUCUUUCAAGAAAGCGGUGGAUUUGGCUAGGGUUGCCUUUCCUGCAGAAGUUGUAAAGCUGGAGGAAGUAUGGGGUGACUACCUAGUGCAUCAGAAACAAAUGGAUGCUGCCAUCAACCAUUACAUAGAAGCUGGCCGCUCUACCAAGGCCAUAGAGGCGGCGAUCGCAGCACGUCAGUGGAAGAAAGCAUUGCACAUACUGGAGCUACAGGAGGACAAGACUGCAGCCAAGUAUUACCUCAAGAUAGCCCAACACUAUGCUUCUGUACAAGAGUUUGAGGUGGCAGAACGUCUGUUUGUAAAAGGGGAUCAUAUCAAAGAUGCUAUAGAUAUGUACACUCAGGCUGGGCGAUGGGAGCAAGCUCAUAAGCUUGCUGUGAAAUGCAUGACACAAGAGGAUGUGUCUGCCCUUUACAUCAGUCGAGCACAAGAGUUUGAGAUAGAGGGGAAGUACAAAGAAGCUGAAAGGUUGUUUACCACUGUAGAUGAACCAGACCUGGCUAUCACCAUGUACAAGAACAACAAAAUGUAUGAUGACAUGAUCCGUUUAGUCGCCAUACAUCACAAAGACCUGCUGCAGGAAACGCACAUUCACCUGGCCAAGGAGCUGGAGGCUGAAUCCAGGUUCCAGGAAGCAGAGUACCACUACCUAGAGGGUCAGGACUGGAAAAACGCUGUAAACAUGUACAGAGUCAAUGACAUGUGGGAGGAAGCUUAUAGGAUAGCGAAGAGCUAUGGAGGAGCCAGUGCCCAUAAACAGGUGGCAUACUUGUGGGCACAGAGUCUUGGAGGAGAGGCAGCAGUUAAACUGCUCAACAAGUUUGGUAUGCUGGAAACGGCCAUUGACUUUGCGGCUGAUAACUGCUCCUUUGAUUUUGCCUUUGAGCUGGCCCGACUCUCCAUGAAACAGAAGAUCCCUGAUGUCCAUCUAAAGAAUGCCAUGUUUCUUGAAGACCAGGGCAAGUUCACUGAAGCUGAGACAGAGUUCAUCAAAGCCGGGAAACCCAAGGAGGCUGUUCUAAUGCAUGUCCAUAACAAGGACUGGAGUAACGCCCAAAGAGUAGCUGAGGCUCAUGAUCCAGAAAGUGUAGCAGAUAUUCUAGUGAGCCAGGCUAAGUUCUGCUUUGACCAGAAGGAAUUCCAAAAAGCAGAAGCCUUCCUGCUCAGGGCCCAAAGACCCGAGCUUGCUGUUAAAUACUACAAAGAUGCUGGGAUGUGGACUGAUGCAAUGCGGAUCUGUAAAGACUAUUUGCCCAGCAAGCUGAGCAUCCUUCAAAAGGAAUAUGAGAGUGAGGGCAACUGGGGUGUGGAGGGUAUGGUCGAGCAGGCUCAGGAGUGGGAACAGACGGGCGAGUAUGCUCGAGCCGUGGAGUGCUAUCUUAAAGUGAAGGACUCAUCUAAUGUGGAUUUAAUGAUGAAGUGUUGGAUGAAGGCAGCAGAAUUGGCCAUUAAAUUUUUAUCCCAUGACAAGGCUGUGGACGUCAGUAAGGUUGUUGGGCCAUGUCUGAUUCAGCUCAGAAAAUACAACGAGGCUGCUGAGCUCUACCUCAACCUGGACCUCAUUAAGAACGCUGUAGAUGCUUUCAUUGAGGGAGAAGAAUGGAACAAAGCCAAGAGAGUGGCCAAGGAGCUCGAUCCAAGAUUAGAAGAAUAUGUUGAUAAACGCUACAAAGAGCACCUGAAAAACCAAGGCAAAGUUGACUCCUUGGUUGGUGUUGAUGUGGUGGCUGCGCUGGACAUGUAUGCUGAGAGGGGACAGUGGGAGAAAUGCAUUGACACAGCUUCAAAACAGAAUUUUAAAAUCCUGCACAAGUACAUCGCCCUAUAUGCCACUCAUCUGAUCAAAGAGGGAGAGGCAGAGAAAGUGCUCUACCUGUAUGCCCAGCACGGUGUGCCAGCUUAUUCACAGAACUUCAACAUUUACAAGCGGAUGUUCCUGGAACUGGUGAGCCUAAGAGACAGGGAUUGUGCGGAAGCUUAUCGGAUGUGGGCCGAUCUGAGGGACGUUCUUCUGCUGCUUUGUGAGAACCUGACCAAGUCUUCUGAGGCUAAUUCUCCAGCCCACGAGGAAUUUGAGCAGAUGCUGCUGGUUGCUCACUAUUAUGCCACCCGAUCAGCAGCCAAAGGCAUCGACCAGCUGAGUUCUGUGGCUGCCAAGCUGUCCAUCUCUCUCCUGAGGCACACAGAGCUCAUUCCAGCUGACAAGGCCUUUUAUGAAGCUGGCCUGACUGCCAAGGCUGUUGGUUGGGAGAACAUGGCUUUUAUCUUCCUCAAUCGCUUCUUGGAUUUGGCUGAUGGCAUUGAUGAAGGAACAUUGGAUGCUUUAGAUCACACUGACUUCCAAGACACUGAUAUUCCAUUUGAAGUCCCUGUACCUUCAAAACUACAUGUCACAGUAGAGAAAAGGGAGGAGAUUAGGGAAUGGGUUCUGACUGUGUCCAUGGACCAGCGUGUGGAGCAGGUUCUGCCCAAGGAUGAGAGGGGCACAUAUGAGGCCUCACUAGUGGCUACUGGCACUGGCAUCCGGUCCCUACCUUGCGUCAUAACAGGUUACCCUGUCCUGCGCAACAAAAUUGAGUUCAAAAGACCAGGGAUGGCAGCAAACAAAGAAGACUGGAAUAAAUUCCUGAUGGCUACAAAGACAACUCACAGUCCAGAAUGUCAGGAUGUGCUGAAAUUUAUCACACAGUGGUGUGGAGGCCUCCCGUCAGCUGGAUUUUCCUUCCACUAAGAUCGAGGAAGGUGCACAAUAUCUAUUUCUCUAUCUGUCGUCAUCCUAUUCUUCACUUCCUUGCCUCACAGCUGUUCUGUGUACACAUUUAAUCGUUUUUUUUCAUUCUUGUGAUUCUUUUUCCAAAGGCAAUGUUCAAGUUAUGCUCAUCACCUUUUAGCCAUCUUGUAAAUCAAAUUAUAUAUUCAUCUUUAUCAUAAGGUCAGCGCCUGAAGGUUGUGUUGUGAGUGUUUUAACUAUAUUAUACAUAUUCCACUAUUUCUUAUAUGAGUUGGAUAUUUUGAUAUCCAAGCACAAAAUAAAAGACCAACACUUUCAUAAAGAUUGUCAGUUUUUUUUAUUAGUUUUUUUUUUUUAUUAAAGUUUGUGUUAGCUUUAAGACAAAUUACAAAGACAUAUUCAACUGAAAUAAAAAUCAAACGUUAUGUUCAUAUUUUAUGAAUAAUAGAAGUAUUGUUGUUCUAUAUGGUAUGCCAACAAGGCCUACAAUUAGGUAUUCAGCAGGUUUUGAAAAUAUAUAAAAUUUCCAUAGUCUUUCUGAAGGCGAUAAGCCUAAUCUAAGGCCACUUCAUAUUUCAAAUAGUCAUAAACUAAAUAAUUAUAAAUAACUUUUCAGUACCAUGAGUACCAGUGUAUAUAUUUAUAGCUAUAGUAUACCGAUAAGCCAAUUCAUGAUCAUUAAUGUUCACCUGUCAAACGACGCCACCUCGUGGAGACCAUAUUAUGUUGGUUUCCACAUGUUCUCCCUCUCUCUCUCUCUCUCUCUCUCUCUCUCUCUCUCACUCUCCCUCUCGUGUCCUGAUACAAUUUCAGCUCUUACAUCUUAUAAUGUAAUAAUGUAGAGCAUUAUUCCUCUUUAUUUCUCUUGUUCCAUAAAGUGCAUUAAGUUACUGAGCAUCCUUAUAGUAUGAAUAUUUGAAUAUGUCGCAAAAAUAUGCAUCAAAGUAGUGGACUUGUGGGUGGUUUGGAUUUUAAGCUCUCGCUAUUAUAUAACUGGAUGGAUCAUUGCACUGUGUGACUGCUUAGUUGCGAUAGAAGUCGUUUUCUAACACUCAUUACAAGUGAAUUAAUUUGAUAUAUAUAUAUAUAUAUAUAUAUAUAUAUAUAUUUAUAUAUUCAAUUGUCUUAAAUUUAGUUAGCAGCCUUAUAUGAUGAAUGUGGACCUGUCAGUUGUGCUCAUCUCAUGUGAAAAUAUCAAUUGACAUCGCAUUGUAUAUUAUAGAACUGUCAGUAUUUUCUAACAUUAUUGCAACGUUAUACUUCAGAUCGCUUCUAAUUUUACAGAUGUUCCUUUUCUAAUCCAAUAGCUUUAAGAUAGUAAAUAACUUAUCCCAUUUAAACGACGUAGCCUAUAUGCUACUUCUCUCUGUCAAACUACUCUCAUCGUGUCCCCGCGUCCUUCAAGAACCAACAUGAACACAAAAUGACCACCAACUCGUUGAUUAAAAUACAAGGGCAUCUGAAAUUAAUCUGAGACCUAAAUAUUCUUUUGAUGAAAUAUGCUAAUGUAGGCUACACCUCUGCCAAAUGAGGUUCAUCUGACAUUAUGCAGUGUCCUUAAAUACCCUUUAAAGGGAAUAUAGCUUUGGCGACAAGGCCACUGUUCGCGUCUCAGAAAAUGCCUGUUGCUAUAGAAGGCGGAAAAAAUCGAUGUUCUUUCGCCUCCUUUUCGGCUUCUGCAACCUCCUCGACCAUUUUAGCGUCUUGGUUCAAGGUUACAUCAUUCACUUUCAGUAGAAGGCUUAGGCUAUGUGACCCUUUAUUUCAACCAAACCACGUCUGUACGCUUCUUUAUAUAAGAAAAAUGUGAAACGCUUAAAAAUAAAACGGCAGCUUUAAUGAUCAAGACGUAUGCGUUUCGUUCGUAUAUGUACACCUUGACCUUUAUUUAUUUUUUUCUUUGAAAUUAAAACUACAACUUAAGCUGUCAAUAACGAUCAAAUAAUGUACGUUUAGUUUGCAAAAUUACAUCUUGAUCAUCUCCAAAUACUGGCUUAACUUGGCUGAACAAUUAAUCUGAAAACGGACAAUGCAUAUGGCAAAACCUUUAUGAAAGCAAAGGAAGGAGGCCUGCCUACACAUAUAUUUUCUUCUCACUGUAGUCAAUUAGUUAAAAAAAAAAAAAAAAAGAAAAGAUCUUCUAACGCGUAUUAGCAAGUAACGUUAGCGGUAAUUAGUUUGCUGUCGAGCAAAAUUAAAACCCUGUGGACGAAAAAGAUUCGAUUGGUCCAAAAGGAUGAGUCUUUUAAAUUCCUUGCAUUAUGACGCAACAAUAACAUCUGCAUUUGAUUGUCGAGCAAGAUUUGUUUACUUGUUUGCCUGAUUGUAGUUUCAGUCGCGAUCUGGCAAAAGCCUGUAGGCCCAUUUCCAAAAGCAACCCUUUUAGCCAGAUAAAUGAGUUACUAAAUAGGUUGGGAAUAGAGGGAUUAUGAAACAUUAUCGUGGAUGUACAGACCUGAGAAAAUGAACAUAUCAUAGGACACUUACGUGAAGAUGAAACAGUGUGACAAAAGCUGGAACUCAUGGCAAAUUUGAGGCGCCUAUAGUGUGAAAUGCGCUUGAAAUGCGUUUCUUUAUACCGGAAUAUGGAAGUGUAUUAUUUCUGCAUGUUAUAGUAGCCUAGUAGCUAUUUUUGUGUACAAAUGUCAGUGUAAAUGUGUCUACGCAAUUGCUUGUAUAGUACAAUAUCUGUUUGACGUCAAAUAAAAUUUGUCUUCCUGACAAAAUUGA